CCCAUAACUAGCGCAAAAGACAAAAUCCUUCAAAAAAUGCACGAGCUUGUUGUAGGUGACUUUGCGCCGAUUAUUCCCGAUGCAGUGACGAAGUACUACCUCAGCAAAAACGGAUUUGAAUCUGCAGAUGUGCGGGUCAAGUGGAUCUUGGCACUUUCCACCCAGAAAUUCAUCUCCGACAUUGCGCAGGAUGCAUACGAAUUCUCACGCAUCCGGAGCUCCUCGGCCGUAUACAAUUCGGCUAAUCCACAGCUAAGGGCGAAGCAGCUAUUGCAGGGGCAACAGUUUGCCAACCAGCAAAGCACAGGUGCCAACGGGAAUUCUGAGGGCACAUGUGAACCUCAAACACAGCUGUACGCCAGCAACGCUGGAAAUCAGCAGGGUUAUAUUGUGCUUACGAUGGAAGAUUUGAGCAACGCCCUCUGCGAGUAUGGCGUAAACACCUCCGGGCCGAAUUUCUACAGGUGA